CCUACGGUAGUCUACUCUACUGCACAUAGAGGGCGUUUUCCCAGCAUGAGAAACAUUUGAUCGGUACACCCAGAUGGGUAUUGCAAACCCACAUACUACAUCACUGAACACAAAUCAGAGAGGGAAGCAAGAGCUCAAGUAGGCUACAGUGUGCGGAGCAUCUGUAGAUCUGUAGUAUACUGUGAAUCUGCCACAUGUGUUUGGACUCUUACUGCACCGCCGGUGGAUAUUAAAUCACUAUCGGAGAUUUGUUUCCCCUUAAAGUGGCUGUAGAUAUCUCAUCGAACUUGAUUUGACCAAAACACCUCCUGUUCUUGAUGAUACAGUGCUGUUUUUAAACCCCGCGGCUGAUAGGAUAUGGCGAGCGUUCAGCCGGUGGCCACGCCGGUCGACAGAGCACCUCCUCCCGGCCACAGGCAGCACGGAGCUGCCGCGGGCUCCGGUACCGGUGACAUGAUGAUGAUGAUGAUGUCUAGCUCCGGAUCGGUGGUGCUGCCGGCCGGGGUGAUAAACCCCUCGCUUCCGAUUCGGAAUAUCAAGACGAAAUUCGCAGUCCUCACCGGUCUCAUUCAAGUCGGCGAGGUCUGCAAUAGAGAUAUAGUGGAAACAGUGUUGAAUCUGCUGGUUGGUGGUGAGUUUGACCUGGAGAUGAACUUCAUCAUCCAGGAUGCAGAGGCCAUCAUCUGCAUGUUGGAGCUGCUGGAACACUGUGAAGUCACAUGCCAGGCGGAAAUCUGGAGCAUGUUUACCGCCAUACUGCGCAAGAGUGUCCGCAACCUGCAGACCAGCACUGAGGUCGGCCUCAUUCAGAGGCUUUUGCUCAAAAUGAGCUUUGUGGAUGACAUGAUCGCAGACUUGCUGGUGGAUAUGCUGGGAGUUCUGGCCAGCUACAGUAUCACCGUCAAAGAACUCAAAUUGCUCUUCAGCAUGCUGAGAGGAGGAGGAGGAUUGUGGCCAAGACAUGCAGUCAAACUGCUCUCAGUUCUGACUCAAAUGGCACAGAGACACGGACCAGACACUUUCUUUAACUUCCCUGGCCGAAGUGCAGCUGCGAUUGCGUUACCUCCCAUUGCUAAAUGGCCUUAUCAGAACGGCUUCACCCUCAACACCUGGUUCCGCAUGGAUCCUCUGAACAACAUCAACAUGGACAAAGACAAACCCUACCUUUACUGUUUCCGCACAAGCAAAGGCAUUGGCUACUCGGCACAUUUUGUGGGAAACUGCUUGAUUGUGACGUCGUUGAAGUCGAAAGGAAAGGGCUUCCAGCACUGCGUGAAAUAUGACUUUCAGCCCCGCAAGUGGUACAUGAUUAGCAUCGUUCACAUCUACAACCGCUGGAGGAACAGUGAGAUUCGCUGCUACGUAAAUGGACAGCUUGUCUCCUACGGCGACAUGGCUUGGCACGUCAACACCAACGACAGCUAUGACAAAUGUUUCCUCGGCUCAUCUGAGACGGCAGACGCCAACCGAGUGUUCUGCGGACAGCUCGGAGCCAUCUAUGUGUUCAGUGAAGCGUUAAACCCUGCUCAGAUAUUCGCCAUCCAUCAACUAGGCCCAGGAUACAAGAGCACCUUUAAAUUUAAAUCAGAGAGCGACAUCCACCUGGCUGACCACCAUAAGCAAGUGUUGUAUGAUGGGAAGCUAGCAAACAGCAAUUCCUUCACUUACAACGCCAAAGCCACAGACGCUCAGCUCUGCCUGGAGUCCUCCCCCAGAGAAAACCCGUCCAUAUUCGUGCAUUCGCCUCACGCUCUAAUGCUACAGGAUGUGAAGGCCAUCGUUACACACUCCAUUCACAGUGCCAUUCACUCCAUUGGCGGUAUCCAGGUGCUGUUUCCUCUCUUUGCACAGCUGGAUUUCCAUCAGCACAGUGAAAGCCAAGUGGAGACCACAGUGUGUUCCUCUCUCCUGGCCUUCCUAUUCGAGCUACUCAAGAGCUCAGUGGCAAUGCAAGAGCAGAUGCUUGGUGGGAAGGGUUUCCUGGUGAUUGGGUACCUGCUGGAAAAGGCAUCUCGAAUGCACAUCACCAGGGCCGUUCUGGAGCAGUUCCUCGCUUUCGCCAAAUACCUGAAUGGCCUUACCCACGGUGCGCCUCUUCUCAAACAACUCUGUGACCAUAUCCUGUUCAACGCAGCUAUUUGGAUUCACAUACCCACAAAGGUGCAGCUCUCGCUAUACACGUACCUCUCAGCAGAGUUCAUUGGCACGGCAACCAUCUACAACACCAUCCGUCGAGUGGGGACUGUGCUGCAGAUCAUGCACAUACUGAAGUAUUACUACUGGGCUGUGAAUCCGGCCCACAUCAGUGGCAUCACACCCAAAGGCCUGGACGGUCCUCGGCCCUCGCAGAAAGAGAUCGCCUCCCUCAGAGCCUUCAUGCUGCUCUUCCUCAAACAGCUCAUACUGAAGGACCGAGGUGUUAAAGAAGAUGAGCUUCAAAGUAUUCUCAACUACCUGCUGACCAUGCAUGAGGAUGAGAACCUCCACGAUGUCCUUCAGCUGCUGGUGGCCCUCAUGUCUGAGCACUCUGCCUCCAUGAUUCCUGCCUUUGACAAGAGGAACGGCAUCCGGGUGGUGUACAAACUACUGGCUUCCAAGAGUGAAAGUAUCCGGGUUCAGGCUCUUAAAGUUCUGGCAUAUUUCCUCAAACACUUAGGCCACAAGAGGAAGGUGGAAAUAAUGCACACAAACAGUCUCUUCACACUUCUUGGAGAACGACUCAUGCUGCACUCCAACACACUGUCGAUAACUACGUACAAUACACUAUAUGAGAUUUUGACAGAGCAGGUUUGCACACAGGUCGUCCACAAGCCACAUGCUGAGCCCGACUCUACUGUGAAGAUCCAGAACCCAAUGAUUCUUAAGGUGGUGGCCACACUGCUGAAGAACUCCACGCCCAGCACGGACCUGAUGGAGGUGCGGCGUCUCUUCCUGUCUGACAUGAUCAAGCUCUUCAGUAACAGCCGUGAGAACAGACGGUGUCUGCUGCAGUGUUCCGUUUGGCAGGAUUGGAUGUUCUCUCUCGGCUACAUUAACCCUAAGAACUCAGAGGAGCAGAAGAUCACUGAGAUGGUUUACAACAUCUUCCGGAUUCUUCUCUACCACGCCAUCAAGCACGAGUGGGGCGGCUGGCGUGUGUGGGUGGACACACUCUCCAUAGCCCACUCCAAAGUGACAUAUGAAGCUCACAAGGAAUAUUUAGCUAAAAUGUAUGAGGAAUACCAGCGACAGGAAGAGGAGAACAUUAAGAAAGGGAAGAAGGGGCUUGUCAGCACCAUUUCGGGGCUUUCUGCCCAGGCUUCAGCCAUCAAAGGCACUCUGGAGCUGGACCCGGAUUCCCAAACUCAAACUCCUGAGAGUGAAGCGGAUGAACCAGAGACGACAGAUUCUGGGCGGAACCUCUUGUCUGAAACUAAAUGUUUGGAUGAGGAGAACCCAGCAACAGGUGUCCAUGUGGAAGCUCAUGACCUGCUUGUAGAUAUCAAAGCUGAGAAGGUUGAGGCCACAGAGGUGAAGAUGGAUGACAUGGAUCUCCUGCCUGUAACAGAAAAUGGAGGCUUGGUGGAAGUGGACUCUCUUCUGGAUAACGUCUACUCGGCUGCAGUGGAGAAGCUAAACAGCAGUGUAAACAGCGUGCUGGUACCCAAAGCCACCAUAGAAGACAAGAGCUCAGGUCCUCUCAUCACCCUGGCUGACGAAAAAGAUGCCAUUCCCAGCAACAACACUUUCCUCUUUGGCACGAUGGCGACCAGCUCGGGAGAAAACCUCCUUCCUGAAAUGGGACCAUCUGAACCUCUUCCGCUCUCAGAAGUGGAACCUCAGGUCCAUACAAGCUCUAGUGCAGACCUUGGGCUUCUGGCUCUCAUGGCUAAGAGCUCGAAAGAGUUGGACGCUAACCCAACGACUUUGGAGGAUAACCGCUUUAAGAUGCAGCCUGCUCUGAGUGGUUUUAAUGUCUCUGAAGGGGAAAACCUGUCUAAAUGCCCAGGGCAGAUAGAGACGUUGGCAGUAGAUCUGGAGCCAGGGGUUUCUGGGGUAAAGAGCACUGCAGAUGUUACCAGCACCACAUCAGACACAGAGAAAUCAGAUGAUGGCAAAGAUAAAGAGGUUAAGAAGAUUCAGACUACUGCUACUACACAGAGUUUGCAUGGCCGUUCUGGUAGUCAUCUGGAUAGAGAUCAGCGAGUAGAUCUGGGUUUCAGAGGCAUGCCGAUGACAGAAGAGCAGUGUCGACAGUUCAGUCCUGGUCCCCGCACCACCAUGUUCCGUAUCCCAGAGUUCAAGUGGUCCCCAGUGCACCAGCGCUUACUUACAGAUCUGCUCUUUGCUCUAGAAGCAGACGUACACAUUUGGAGAAGUCAUUCGACAAAAUCCAUCAUGGACUUUGUCAACAGCAACGAGAACAUAAUCUUUGUACACAACACCAUUCACCUGAUCUCACAAAUGGUGGAUAACAUCAUCAUCGCCUGUGGAGGAAUCCUUCCCCUGCUGUCCGCUGCCACCUCGCCCUCUAAUACCAAGACUGAAAUGGAAGGCAUCGAGGCGACGCAGGGCAUGUCGUCUGAGACGGCCGUGAUCUUUCUGACCCGGCUGAUGUCCAUGGUCGAUGUGCUGGUCUUUGCGAGUUCACUCAACUUCAGUGAGAUUGAAGCUGAGAAAAACAUGUCCUCAGGUGGACUGAUGCGACAGUGCCUCAGACUAGUAUGUUGCGUAGCUGUGAGGAACUGUUUAGAGUGUCGUCAGCGUCAGAGGGACAGAAUUCUGAAGUCCACCCUGUCCUUCAGUAAGUCUCGGGAGGGCCUGCAAGGCGUGUCCAUGGCCAGCAAGGACCCGGACCGACUUCUGCAAGACGUGGACAUCAACCGCCUGCGAGCUGCUGUCUUUCGUGAUGUUGAUGACAGUAAGCAGGCCCAGUUCCUGGCUCUCGCUGUUGUCUAUUUUAUCUCGGUGCUGAUGGUGUCUAAGUACCGGGACAUCUUGGAACCCGAGGCGGAGAUGGUCAGGUCUAUCAGCCAAUCAGGAAGAGGCAUUCGGCAGGAGAUAUAUUCCCCCACCAGCACAGAGCACCCAUCAGCCCUCUCUGACAGUCGCAGGGAUGCUGUUAGUGUGCUGGAGGAGUUCCGUCAGAAGUCAUCCCUCCCUCACUCUGACUCAGGACUGGGUGACGAGCAGGUGUCCAGUGUGAUGAACGGGGCCGACCUGGACCUCGCCAUGGGUGGUCCGAACGGCAUGAGUGGCCUGUUUUGCACACUGUCAUCAGAGGCCAGGUCACAGGAGAGCCUGACUGAGCCAUCGAUUGUGGAUCACCUCAAACCCGCCUCCAUCUCCAGCAUCAGCCAGUCCAACAAAGGCAUCAAUGUCAAGGAAAUCCUGAAGAGCCUGGUAGCAGCUCCUGUGGAGACCACAGAGAGCGGGCCAGACACCCUGCCCUACCCUGACCACCAAGCCAUGAAGAGGGAAGCCCAAGCUAUGUUACCCAUGCAGUUCCAUUCCUUUGACAGGAGUGUGGUGGUACAGGCCAAGAAGCCUCUGUUGGUGAAUACAGUGGGCAGUUCAGGCUCCAGCAGCACCCUGACUUCUGCUAGCACCCCGAACAUCUUCGCUGCUGCUUCGUCCGCUACGCCUAAGAGUAUGAUCAACACUACAGGAGCCACAGAUGCGUCCACCUCCUCUUCCUCCAGCUUUGUGAAUGGAGCCACCAGCAAGAAUCUGCCUGCGGUUCAGACUGUGGCCCCCAUGCCUGAGGACACCAUGGAGAACAUGAGUAUCACCACUAAACUGGAGCGAGCUCUGGAGAAGGUGGCUCCAUUACUGAGAGAGAUCUUUGUGGACUUUGCACCUUUCCUCUCUCGUACACUGCUGGGCAGUCAUGGGCAGGAGCUGCUCAUUGAAGGUCUGGUGUGCAUGAAGUCAAGCACCUCGGUAGUGGAACUAGUUAUGUUGCUAUGCUCUCAGGAGUGGCAGAACUCUAUACAGAAGAACGCUGGCCUGGCUUUCAUUGAGCUUAUCAACGAGGGAAGACUCCUUUGUCAUGCCAUGAAGGAUCACAUCGUUCGAGUGGCCAAUGAAGCAGAGUUCAUCCUCAACAGACAGCGAGCUGAGGACGUCCACAAGCAUGCAGAGUUUGAGUCUAACUGCGCACAGUACAUGGCAGACAGAAAAGAAGAGGAGACUAUGUGUGAUCACCUCAUCAGUGCCUCCAAACACCGUGAUCAUGUGACAGCCAAUCAGCUGAAACAGAAGAUCCUCAACAUCCUCACCAAUAAACACGGAGCCUGGGGCUCAGUAGCGCAGAGUCAGCUGCAUGACUUCUGGCGUCUGGAUUACUGGGAGGAUGACCUCCGGAGGAGGCGGAGAUUCAUCCGAAACCCUUUUGGCUCCACCCACUUGGACAUCACGUGCAAAUCGAUGGAGGACUACGGCCCUCAGGAAGACGAGGCCCUGAGAGGGAGGAAGGCCUUCCGUGGCCAGGCGGUGGUCAGCCAGAACCCUGAGACAGAGCUGAUGCUCGAGGGGGACGAUGACGCUGUCAGUCUACUGCAGGAGAAAGAGGUGGACAACUUGGCAGGCCCUGUUGUUUUGAGCACCCCGGCCCAGCUUAUUGCCCCGGUCACUGUAGCUCGUGGGACUCUCUCUAUCACUACCACGGAAAUCUAUUUUGAAGUGGACGAAGAUGACCCAGCCUUCAGACGCAUUGAUGCCAAAGUGCUGGUCUACUCCGAGGGGCUUCACGGUAAAUGGAUGUUCAGCGAGAUCCGAGCAGUGUUCACCAGACGCUUCCUGCUUCAGAACACAGCACUGGAGAUCUUCAUGGCCAACAGAACAUCCGUCAUGUUUAACUUCCCCGAUCAGCCCACAGUGAAGAAGGUGGUCCACAGUCUUCCUUGCGUUGGCGUCGGCACAAGUUACGGCCUUCCACAGGCCAGGCGGAUUUCUUUGGCCACCCCCCGACAGCUCUUCAAGUCCUCUAAUAUGACUCAGCGCUGGCAAAGACGGGAGAUCUCCAACUUUGAGUACUUGAUGUUUCUCAAUACCAUUGCAGCACGCGCAAGUGAUGAUUCUCUGUCAACCAAUCAACCAGUGGCGAUCCUAGACUUCUGGGGGCCCUAUGCAAAACUGUGUCGCACUGUAAUGCCUGAACAUGUCAGUGUGGCACCAGGUGGGCAGAGGAAGCCCCCUGGCCUGAGGAAGACACCAAUCGGAGCGCUGAACCCAAAGCGUGCUGUAUUCUACGCCGAUCGAUAUGAAUCAUGGGAUGAGGAAACUCCACCCUGCCACUACACAACCCACUAUUCCACUGCAGCCUCCACCCUCCACUGGCUUGUCCGAAUCGAGCCUUUCACCACAUUCUUCCUAAACGCCAACGGCAACAAGUUUGAUCACCCAAACCGCACAUUCUCCGGCAUCGCCCGCUCAUGGAGGCACUGUCAGCGUGAUACUGCAGAUGUGAAGGAGUUGAUUCCUGAGUUCUACUACCUGCCUGAGAUGUUUGUGAACAGUAAUGGCUACUGUCUGGGUGACAGGGAUGACGGUGUCCCUGUUUGUGAUGUAGAACUACCAGCCUGGGCAAAGAAACCAGAGGACUUUGUAAGGAUCAACAGGAUGGCCCUGGAAAGCGAGUUUGUGUCGUGUCAGCUGCACCAGUGGAUUGACCUUAUUUUUGGCUACAAGCAACGUGGGCCCGAGGCGGCACGCGACCUCAACGUCUUUCACUACCUGAGCUACGAGGGCUCCGUCAACCUCGACAGCCUCGCCAGUGAUCCCCCAUUGUACGAGUCUAUCCUCUGUUUUCCAAUUCUUUUUUUUUUCGCUAACAACCUCUCCUCAUCUAUCUCUCCCUUCCCUCCCUCUUUUCCAUCUUUCUCUUCCUUUGCUUUCUCUGUUCAACAGUGUUUCCUUCCGCAGAGUCCGCUCAUGUACAAGGAUCAGAUGCAGCAGGAUGUCAUCAUGGUGCUGAAGUUUCCCUCCAACUCUCCUGUCACUCACGUGGCCGCUAACACGCUGCCGCACCUGACCCUCCCCGCCGUCGUCACCAUCACCUGCAGCCGGCUCUUCGCUGUCAACCGCUGGCAUAACACCGUGGGUCUUCGAGGAGCUCCAGGAUAUUCACUAGAGCAGGCCCAUCACCUCCCCAUUGAGAUGGACUCACUUAUUGCUAACAACUCGGGCACAAACAAACGACAAAUCACUGACCUGGUUGACCAGAGCAUUCAGAUCAACACUCAGUGUUUUGUGGUGACGGCUGAUAACCGCUACAUCCUGGUAUGUGGUUUCUGGGACAAGAGUUUCCGUGUUUACUCUUCAGACACGGGCAAGCUCACUCAGAUUGUGUUCGGUCACUGGGACGUGGUCACAUGUCUGGCACGCUCCGAGUCUUACAUCGGUGGUGACUGCUACAUUGUGUCGGGAUCCAGAGAUGCCACUCUGUUGCUGUGGUACUGGAGUGGGCGACACCAUAUCAUUGGAGACAACCCUAACAACAGUGAUUACCCAGCUCCUCGUGCGGUUCUGACCGGUCAUGACUAUGAGGUUGUGUGUGUGUCAGUGUGUGCUGAGCUGGGAAUUGUAAUCAGUGGAGCAAAAGAGGGGCCAUGUCUGGUCCACACCAUCACUGGGGAUCUUCUGAGGGCACUGGAGGGCUCUGACAGCUGUGUGCUUCCUCGCCUGAUCUCAGUGUCCAGUGAAGGUCACUGCAUCAUCUACUAUGACAGGGGUCAGUUCUGCAACUUCAGCAUCAACGGCAAGCUGCUGGCCCAGAUGGAGAUCAACGACUCCACACGUGCCAUCCUCCUGAGCAGUGAUGGGCAAAAUCUAGUGACUGGAGGAGAUAACGGGGUGGUGGAGAUCUGGCAGGCCUGUGACUUCAAGCAACUGUAUGUCUACCCUGGCUGUGACGCCGGCAUCCGAGCCAUGGACCUGUCACAUGAUCAGAGGACUCUGAUCACAGGCAUGGCGUCUGGCAGCAUCGUGGCUUUCAACCUUGAUUUUAAUCGCUGGCACUUUGAGCAUCAGAACAGGUACUGAGAGCGAUCAGCCAGUGACGGCCAGCUGCAGCCUCGAACGGUAACGUGCCAUUAUGGGAGGUGAUGUAGCAAAUAAACAUAUGGAAUAUGGAUCAAGAAAUGACACAAUGCUAGUUGGAGAAAUCACAGCAGUUUAAGUGUGGUAACCUACUCUGAGAUCCAGCUGCUUAUAUGUGUCUCAAAAAAUGCACAGGAGCAGUUGACAGAUGACAAUUUCAAAAUGAAUGGAGAGAGCACAGAUGGAGGCCAGUUUUUCAUCACAAAUUAUUUUAUCUAAUUGUCAUCUGAACCAACAAUAGUCUUGUCAAAAACAGCCUUUUUACUCGUAGUCCCGUCAUUUGAACUGUAAUCGUGACACUUUGCAUAGAGAACCAAUAACAAUAUUUUUAUGAGGUUUAUUUUCUACUGGCUUGCAGCAUAUUUCACUUUCUCUAGGUUUUUUUUCUUUCGGCCCUCGGGAAAGAAAAGCCACCUGAACAAUAAAUAAGUAAAAGUCCUCCCUCUGCUGCUGAGCUCAUGAAUGUAAAUGCUAUACAACUUCUUUUAAACUUGUCUGUGAGGCUGCUUUCUGAACUAUUCUGCAAUUGAAUUCUGUUUGUCCUGUUUAUGCGUUUGACAUCAUCAAAUGCUUUUUGAUAUGAUUACAAAGAGAGAGAAAAAAGAAAAGCUCUUUUGUUUAAUGUGACGUCCUGUAAUGUUUGUUCACUCAUCCUCCUCAUGUGAGGAUGAAUGGUUUGUCUGUUGUGGAUGUAUUUCAUUUCAGAUAUGUAAUGUAUGCACCAUUAAAGACGAGCACUAAAUGAGGGUUGGUGCUGAUGCUGCAUCUGGGCAAAUAUUGUAAUUCUUGUGCAGUUUUAUCAUUUAAAGUCAUACAUGGCUUUACACAAACGUUGAGGUUUUUAGACUGGUAUUUGCACCUAUAACUGGUUUUUAUUUUGAAUAUUUUCUCAUUUGCAUACACCAAGCUUUGUACAUCUCAAAAAAAAUUUUUGGUUUUCACAUGGUCAGAAUAUUAGGAUGAAGGGUGUGCGAUAAAUAUUAUUUGUUAUAUUCCUUUACUGUCUUAAAUUGUCUACUGGCACCUUUCAGAAUUGCACUUGUAAACAGAAAAUAACAUUGUAAAAUCACUGCUGUAAGCAAUACAUUAUGUAUGAUGUAUGUGCAUCUUUGAUUCUCUUACAUAAUGUAAAUCAAAUUUAUAAC